UGCCUGUUCCCUCCAUAUUUCACCUCACCAUCCCAUUUUCAAAUUAAACCCUAACAUUAAGAAGUCUACGUCGUUCUCUCUCGCGGUGGCGCCACCUCCACAACUACCACUGUGAUGGACUUCUCUCCCCCGCCGAUUGACGACGGUUUCUCCGCCGAUAGGCUUUUCAACCAAGGCUACUCAUACACUUACGAUGACGUUAUCUUUCUCCCUCACUACAUCGACUUCCCAACCGAUGCUGUCUCGCUCUCUACACGCCUCACUCGUAACAUCGAACUCUCCAUCCCUUGUGUUGCCUCGCCCAUGGACACUGUUACUGAGGGCAACAUGGCCGCCGCCAUGGCUGCUCUCGGAGGCAUCGGUAUUGUUCACUCCAACUGCACGCCCUCCGAGCAAGCUAGUCUCGUUGCCUCAGCCAAGUCCCGCCGCGUCCCGAUCUUUUCAUCAAAUUCGGCUAUUUUUAGGACGCCGGACGCCUCUAUAGAUGACGCGACGGAGUUUGGGGAUUACAAUCAUCUCUUUGUCACCGAGUCAGGUGCUGAAAGAUCAAAGAUAUUGGGUUAUGUGGCUAGAUCUGAUUGGGAGAAUCUGAAUGAUAAGAAAGUAAAAAUUUUUGAUUAUAUGCGUGAUUGCAGUUCCAAGUUUUAUGCCCCCUUGGAAUAUGAUUUGGAUCAAAUUAGUGGACUGUUGGAGAAAAAAGAGCUGGAUUUUGUUGUUUUGGAAAGUAAUGGUGAGGUGGUAGAUGUGGCUUUGAAGGAGGAUGUGGAGAGAAUAAAAGGGUAUCCAAGAUUGGGGAAGGGCAGUGUGGGGCCUGAUGGAAAGUGGAUGGUGGGGGCAGCAAUUGGGACUAGGGAAUCUGAUAAGCAGAGGCUAGAACACUUGGUGAAGGCUGGGGUGAAUGUGAUAGUGUUGGAUAGUUCUCAAGGGAAUUCAAGUUAUCAGAUUGAGAUGAUCAAGUAUGUGAAGAAGACUUAUCCUGAGUUGGAUGUGAUUGGUGGAAAUGUUGUGACAAUGUAUCAGGCACAGAAUUUGAUUCAGGCUGGUGUGGAUGGACUAAGAGUAGGGAUGGGGUCUGGGUCCAUAUGUACCACACAAGAGGUUUGUGCGGUUGGACGAGGACAGGCAACUGCUGUUUACAAAGUUUCAUCUAUUGCUGCACAAAAUGGUGUGCCUGUCAUUGCUGAUGGUGGCAUUUCAAACUCUGGACAUAUUGUUAAGGCUUUGACCCUGGGGGCAUCUACCGUAAUGAUGGGGAGCUUCUUAGCUGGAAGUACAGAGGCUCCUGGAACUUACCAGUAUCAGGGUGGCUUCCGGGUAAAGAAAUACCGUGGCAUGGGUUCCCUUGAAGCGAUGACUAAGGGGAGCGAUGCAAGAUACUUGGGUGAUACAGCUAAGCUAAAGAUUGCACAGGGGGUUGUUGGAGCUGUUGCAGACAAAGGAUCAGUUUUGAAGUUCAUUCCGUACACAAUGCAAGCAGUCAAGCAAGGGUUCCAGGAUCUUGGUGCUUCUUCCCUGCAAUCAGGUCAUGAGCUUUUGAGGUCAAGAACUCUCAGGCUGGAGGUCAGAACAGGAGCUGCACAAGUUGAAGGUGGAGUACAUGGGCUGGUUUCCUAUGAAAAGAAAUCCUUCUGAGAUUUUUUAACUGCUCUGCUACCUGUACAUUGCUGCUGAGAUCUUGCUUGGUUUCUGAUUGAUGGUUUAGUAUGAACAGUAAGUAAAUUUGGUUGGUGCAAUUUGUUUUGAGCUCUUGUGAAGUCACCGGGGAUUAAGCCAGGGCAGUGAAGAAUCAAGUAUCCUCAUGGAUCUGUGCUGAUUUUUUGUUUGGAAUGAAGUAGCUACUUCGAAUCCCUUGUGCAGGGGAGAUUAUAUUUAUAUUAGUAUAAUUUUUUUGCUUUUCAUUUAAUUAAUGAUGUAAUGACUUAUAUCUAAUAUUAUGAACGCAUUCAAUUUCUCUUCC